CAAUGCAAUAGCUAAUUCUCCAUACUGACUUACGUCGGGGGAAUUAUACGUUUUUUUGACGUAAGGGAGGUUAUAUACAUACUAUUCUUUGUUAGAAAAAUAAUUAUUUAUUGUGACAAUGACAUCCGUCAAAGAUUCGUUAAAAGAAGACGUUCAAAUUGAACAAUCUUUUAUGGAAAAUUCAGCAGAUCACAACUCAAGGUGUGGAUCGCCAAAACGUGGAACUACGCUUUCGACAAGCACAAGUAGCUUCGAAGCAUUGGACCCACAUGAUCCAAAUCUUAGUCGUUUAGCUAAUACGAUGUUUCAAAAAACUGGUGAAUAUUUACAAGAGGAACUUACUUCCACUCAUGCUGAUUAUCGUUUACUGGAACGAUUAAACAAAGAAACUAUUGCGAAAUAUACCGAACUAAAAACAAUAUCGUCUAGUGUAGCUCAAUCUUUGGAUUCUUUAAACGAGAAAUAUAAAAAAUUGCAACCAAUUUUAGAUAACAUCAAUGAAAUUGAUGAUAGUGUAACUAAACUAGAACAAGCUGCAUAUAAAUUGGCAGCAUAUUCAAAACGAUUAGAAGCAAAAUUUAAGGACAUUGAAAAAGAUACAAAAAGCAAGUAGAACUGUAAUAGAUUAAGCUAAAAACAUGUUAAUUCGAACAUUGUAUUAUUUAUUGUCCAAAUAAGAAAUAUAUUAAUAGAAUUAAGAUUA